AUGGUCAAUCUCCUGGUGGAUCCGCUUUUCAGUCGAUUUGUUGGCCAUUGCCAUGUUAUAAAUCACAGAGAAAAGCGACACAUCGUGAGUCUUCUCUGUUUCGUUCCACCAUAUGGUAUUGUCACUCUGGAAGACUUAAACGGUGUCUAUAAUGUCAAACACAAUCCCAGAUAUUUGAGUGGAGAGGAAACAGAAGAGCAAAUUCUCAAGAAGUUCCUGGCUAAUUUUGAGUCAAACGGUUCUAUUGAUGGAAUGGUGACAUACGAUGAAUUUCUAGAUUAUUACGCCGGAGUCAGUUCGUCAAUCGAUCAUGAUGCAUAUUUUGACUUGAUGAUGAGGCAGGCAUGGAAAAUGUAAUGUUUUCGUAUACCGCUGGUAUUCCCGCAUCUUAUCGAAGAAUCAGCAAGGAAUUCGAUAAGAAAGGAUCUUAAUGGCUGCGGAUGACUUAUCCCAUUUUUUGCGUCCGCCAGCUUUUUCAUCGUAUCCUUUUCCUUCUCCAAGUUUUUUGUCUUAUUUGCAAAUUGUCUCUUUUUUGUUUGUUUUUGACAUCACAGAUGCAGUACGCACACUUAGUUUUACGUUUUAUUUUGUUCUGACUUCAUCUUCCUUUUGACCCUUGCCCUGGAUUUACCACUGCCUAUUUUUCCUAAUUGCCUGUUGUCCCGACGUUACGAGCUAAAUCGAACAAAGUUGGCAUUUCAUCGGUCACUUGGUAUACUAACGUGCACGAUAAAAAAAAUCAACCGUAUUCGGAAUGAAAAAUGUAAUACCGCAUACAUUCUUGGACAACUAUCUUAUGCUAACUAAAAAAAAGUGGAAUUUGAAUAUCGCUACGUUAUUACUAUAAUCUAAACAAAUAAACUAUCCACAGGGAA